AUGCAAGAUGUUUGGCGAAGCGGUAUUGGAUGGGAUCAGCGGUUGCAGGAGGAGCAAUAUAAUCAAUGGUUGCGUUGGACAAAGUUGUUCCCGUUAAUAGAAAACAUUCAAGUACCUCGUUGUUAUCUAGGCAAUUUGGACUCGACAGCAUAUACAAGUGUUCAAUUACACGUGUUUGCAGAUGCGGGUGAAGACGCGUACGGUUCGGUUGCGUAUUUCAGAUUUGUGGCAAAUGGAAUGAUUCACUGCGCGUUUGUCGAAGCCAAAGCAAAGGUUGCUCCACUGCAGCAUAUGUCAAUCCCUAGGAAGGAAUUACAAGCAGCGGCGCUAGGUGCACGUCUUGCGAAAAGCAUUCGCCAAAAUCAUUCAUUUUCGGUAGCAGAAACAGUAAUGUGGACUGACUCGAAGGCAGUAUAUUCAUGGGUACGAUCUGAGCAUAAGAAAUACAAAGAGUUUGUUGCUCAUCGUGUUGGUCAGAUAUUGAGUGUAACUAAUCCAGAAGACUGGCGGUGGGUAUCGACAAAAAACAACGCAGCAGACGAUCUUACCAAGUGGGGAAAGGGAACAGAGAUGAGUUCCGAAAGCAGAUGGUUCAAGGGUCCUGAGUUUUUGUACCAACCGGAAGAUAAAUGGCCGGAACAAGAUCAAAUACCCGUUGUUAUUGAGGAAGAAGUACGAGCUCAUAUUUUAUAUCACACUACAGCAUUUCCUGAAAGUUUGGGUCGAGUGAAACACAUAUCAAGGUGGACUGUUUUAGUACGCGUGGUAGCCACAAUGUAUCGUUUCGCCGCAAAUUGCAGGCUUCGCUCAAAAAAGGAAGCAAUAGAAGCACUCCCACCAAUUGCAAUUGUCGCACAAAAGGCACCGCGGAUUCCAGGAGUCGUUAUCCCUCUACGACAAGAGGAGUACCUAAAAGCGGAGAAUUGUUUGUGGAGGGAAGCGCAACGAGACGAGUAUGCAGAUGAAGUCGCAAUACUUUUGAGAAAUCUGUCUUUACCGAAGGAACAACAACAGCAUUUGGAACGAUCUAGUAAGCUCUACAAUAAAUCGCCAUUUCUAGAUGACAGCGAAGUUCUACGAGUAGGAGGCAGAACGGAAUUGGCAGAAUUCGCUAGUUACGACACCAAGUAUCCAAUCAUACUUCCCAAAACGCACCUUAUUACAGAAAAACUAGUUGAAUACUAUCACCAACAGGCAAAUCAUAGUAGCAGAGAAACGGUUGUCAACGAACUUCGUCAACGAUUUUAUAUUGGGAGAGUAAGAGCCGUCGUAGAGAAAGUCAUAAGGGAGUGUCAAUGGUGUAAGGUACACAAGGCGAAACCCGUUCUCCCCAAAAUGGCUCCUUUACCAAAACAGCGAAUGGCCUUGGGCGUAGACCCCUUCUCUUACGUGGGUAUAGACUACUUUGGACCAUUGGAAGUUUCGAUUGGAAGACGUCGUGAGAAACGCUGGGUAGCUUUGUUUACGUGCAUGACGACAAGAGCUGUCCACCUGGAAGUUGCACAUAGUUUGAGCACCGAAUCUUGUAAGAUGGCUAUCCGGAGAUUUAUAAAGAGAAGAAGAAGUCCCAUAGAAAUUUUUUCAGACAACGGGACGAAUUUUGUUGGAGCGAGUAGGGAGUUGGCUGCCGAGAUUCGGAGAAUUAACGGAGAUUGCGCUGAUACAUUCACGAGCUCUAAAACGAAAUGGACAUUUAACCCACCAGCAGCACCACACAUGGGUGGAGUAUGGGAGCGCAUGGUUCGAUCUGUUAAGGAGGCACUAAACACAUUGGUAGAUGGUGGCAAAUUAACAGACGAAAUAUUAAACACAGCGUUAGUUGAGGCAGAGGAUUUGAUAAACUCCAGGCCACUUACGUAUGUGUCAAAUAACGUCAGGGAUGAUCCGGAAGCUCUCACUCCAAACCAUUUUCUGAAAGGAUCUGCUGCAGAAUGUCUACCACCCCGGAGCGCAUCCCAGCAAGCGGAUGCCUUACGCAGUAAAUAUUGUCGCGCACAGCAGUUGACUGAUAAAUUUUGGUUAAGAUGGCAGAAAGAAUACUUCCCGAGCUUGAACAAGCGAACCAAAUGGUUUGAUGAUACCAGACAAAUAUCUGUAGGAGAUUUGGUGUUUGUUCAAGAAGAGAACAGACACGAAAGAGGAAUCGUUGAAGAGGUCAACAUCGGCAUCGAUGGAAGAAUCCGUUCUGUAAUCGUAAAAGUAAAUGGCAAAAGGAAGCUAAGACCAGUGUCAAAACUGGCCGUACUUGAGGUUGAGAACAGUAACCCCAGCAGUAAUCAAUAG